GCAUGCGCUACCCGCCGGCGGCCACUCACUGGUCCCCACGAUACACCUACGGGUGCCCGCUGGGUUCCCGCUGCCGGCGGCCCGCGUUCGCUUCGCUGCGCAUGCGCCGUCGCCGCAGCGACACAGGCGAGAGUGGAGCGCCCCGCCCGGUGGCGCAGCGGGGAGGGCGCCGCGCCCCUAGUGCUGAGGUUCUUGGUUCGAGUCCCGCUUGGGCUAGCUCCGAGGGGUCCCCGUCACCCCCGGCUGUGUCCCGGUGUGCCCCCCCCCGGAACGAUCGGCCUCGGUUGUCGCCCCCGGCCGUGCCGAGUCCCCCGGCGGGGCGGAGCCAACCUCUCACACCCCGCCAGCGGUGUGGCAACACCACCACCAACCUCCUUCCUUCCUUCCUUCCUCCCAGCUGCUGCCCCAGGGCUUGGCCAGGGUUGGGGGGGUCCCAUGGGUGAGCGGGUGAUCGGGGGGACCCCCCCCCGGGGAAGGACCCGGCGAGGCGGGAGGGGAAGCGGAACCGCGGGGACGAUUGCGCCACCGGCAGCCCCCCGCCUCCGCAGGCUGGAAAUUUCGGGAGGGGUUAUAAAGGCGAGGGGGGCGCGCGGGUGGCGGGGAUCGGGGUGCCAUGGCGUGCCAGCCCGCGCUCACCCUCGCCCUCCUCUUCCUCUGCGCAGAGGCCGAAGGCUUCGCCCUCUGCAACGCUCCCGCCCUGCAGACCAAAGUCUUCCAGUAUCGGAUUUGGGACGUCAACCAGAAGUCACUUUACCUGCGCAAUGACCAGCUGGUGGCUGGGCACCUGCAAGGGGCCAACGCCGCCCUCGAAGAGAGGGUGUUUUGGGUGCCCAACCGCGCCUUCGAGCCCGCCCGGCUGCCCGUCAUCCUGGGCAUUCAGAAUGGCACCCGCUGCUUGGCCAGCCCCCCCGCCAGCCAGCCCACCCUGCAGCUGCAGGACGCCGACAUCAGGGAGCUGCCCCGCGCCGGGGUGGCCUCGGCCGCCUUCACCUUCUUCCGCUCCUACAAGGACGGGCUGUGGCGCUUCGAGUCGGCCGCCAACCCCGGCUGGUUCCUCUGCACCUCGGCACGAGGCCACCAGCCGCUGGGGCUCUCCCGGCACCCCGAUGCCACCCACCUCCUCGACUUCUACUUCCAGCUCUGCUGAACCCCCUCGUCCCCCGGGACGGUGACAUCCCCCACUGGGGACGGUGACGUCCCACCGGGGACGGUGACGUCCUCACCCCACGGAUGGUGACAUCCCCCCCCCCCGGGAUGGCGACAUCCACCCGGGGACGGUGACGUCCUCCCCGUGGGGACGGUGACAUCCCACCCCGGGGACGGUGACAUCCCCUGGGAAUAAAGAUGUUUAGGACA